UCUAAGCUGUUUUUGGGCAAAAGAACAACAUUAAUGGCUCAAAAACGCAAAUAUAACCAGUGGACCGAAGCAGAUAUGGAACAUGCUUUAAAGGCGUACAGGGAAAAUAAAAUAGGACUCAAUGAAUGUUGCCGGCAAUUCAAUAUUCCAAAGCCAACGUUUAAAAGGCAUUUGAAUUCAAAAAAUAGGAAAGCUAAUGAGCACAUUCAACACAUUGGCCGCCUCACAGUUUUUACCUUUGAAAUUGAAGAGGAACUUACUCAAUACCUCCUCAAACUGGAAAAUCUCAUGUUUGGGGUAACUAUUCAUGACGUGCGACGCUUAGCAUUUGAGUUAGCUGAAAAAAAAGGUGUAGCUCACAAUUUCAAUAAGGAAAAGGGUCUAGCGGGGAAAGCUUGGUACUAUGGCUUUAUGAAGCGACACCCCAAUUUAUCUCUUAGGCAGCCUGAAAAGGUCUCAUUGAGUAGAGUUUGCGGAUUUAAUAAGGAAAAUGUUUACAAGUUUUUUGAUAUUCUGGAGAAGUUGGUGGAUGAGCAUGGAUUUACUGCUGUAACAAUGUUCAACGUUGAUGAAAGUGGAUUUUCCACGGUUCAAAAAAAAAUCAAAAAAUCAUCGCGGCAAAAGGAAAGAAACAAGUUGGUGGUGUGUCUAGUGGAGAACGUGGGGUGA